AUGUCUCCUUAUCGGGUUGUCAUUGGCAAAGCAUGUCAUCUUCCUGUGGAGAUAGAGCACCAAGCCUACUGGGCUGUGAAGCCCUGCAACUUCUCUAUUGAUCAGGCUGGAGAGGAAAGAAAGUUGCAACUGAGUGAUCUUGAUGAGAUCCACCUUGAAGCCGAGGAGAACUCUAAGUUAUACAAGGAGAAAACCAAGAAGUUCCAUGACAGCUUGAUAGCUAGGAAGGACUUCGUGGUUGGCCAGAAAGUUCUCUUGGACAAUUCUUGGCUCGGACUCAUGGGUGGUAAGUUACGUUCUAAGGGGAUUGGACCCUUUGUUUUUUCUAUUGUUUUUCCUUUUGGUACAGUUGAGGUCAAAAGUGAAUCCACAGACAGGAGCUUCAAAGUUAAUGGGCACCGUCUGAAGCCUUUCCUCAGCAAUCCAUCCCUGUUGAAUGUAGUUGAAGAGUAG